AGUGAAAGUUUUUUAAACGUAAACAAUGAUGAUCUUAUUAAAGAUGAUAAUAAUGAAAAAGAGGAUCAAAAGGUUGGGCAAAAAUAUUCGUUUAUAAUGUUUGGUGGUGGAUAUAGGAUUUGCCCCGGGAGAAAGUUAGCUAUGAUUGAGUUACUUUCUCUUAUGGUAUAUGUAUUUGGAAAAUUUGACGUCGAAUUAAUCGAUAUGGAAGCUCCAUUAAAGACCAAAUCUUCCUUUGCCACUAGUUGUCAAGAGCUGAUGGGCAAUAACUAUGGUAAUGAUAAGAAUGAAAGUUAUUUAAACGUAAACAACGAUGAUCUUAUUAAAGAUGAUAAUAAUGAGAAAGGUGAUCAAAAGGUUGGGCAAAAAUAUUCGUUUAUAAUGUUUGGUGGUGGAUAUAGAAUUUGCCCCGGGAGAAAGUUAGCUAUGAUUGAGUUACUUUCUCUUAUGGUAUAUGUAUUUGGGAAAUAUGACGUCGAAUUAAUCGAUAUGGAAGCUCCAUUAGAAACUAAAUCUUCCCAUGUCACUAGUUGUCAAGAGCUGAUGGUUAAAAUUAAGCCCAGAAACAAUUAA